AUGACAGACACCGAAAAAGCCUCUAUACAUCAAGAUGUCCCCGACAAAGCCGAGGGCGAGAUUCUCCCUGCCCAAGCCCAAACUAACGAGCUACACCGUACCUUUAAGGCUCGCCACAUCCAGAUGAUCUGUCUUGGAGCCAACCUCUCCAGCGGCCUCUUCGUCAGCACCGGAAAGUCCCUCAAAUACGGCUCCGCAUCCGGCAUGUUAAUCGCCUACACCAUCGUCAGCAUCGCCGUCUACCUCCUCAUGAGCCUCCUCACCGAAAUCACCUGCAUCUGGCCCACAUCUAGCAGUUUCAUCGACCACGCCGCCCGCUUUGUCGACCCAGCCUUGGGUUUCGCCAUCGGAAUAAGCGAAUACCUCGCCUACACGACCAUAAUCGCCUCCGAAGCCUCCAUAACCCGCAUCCUCCUAACCUGGUGGACAACCUCCCUCCCCACCCCCGCCUGCAUGACCAUCUUCCUCUUCAUCAUCUUCACCAUCCACGCCCUUCCGAACCGGUUCUUCGCUGAAUUCGAAUUCCUCACCGCCUGCGCAAAGGUCUCCAUGAUGCUGAUCCUUAUCUUUGCUUGUGUUGCUAUGCUCUCCGGCGCCGGUGAUACCCCGGAUACUCCGUAUGGGUGGAAUUAUACUUCCGCCCCUACCUUCCCCAACGGCUUCAAGGGAGUGUGUGAAUGUAUCCCGCUGGCGGUAUGGGCCAUGGGCGCCCAGGAAAUAAUGGGUAUAAGUGCAGGUGAAGCGAAGAUGCCUCGAUGGGAUAUGCCCAGGGCUUGUAGGGGGUUGAUUGUACGGUUGGUUGUGUUUUAUGAACUAUCUAUCGUGUUCAUCACGCUCCUCGUCCCAUAUACAUCCCCAGAAUUACUAGGCACGAGCGGUAGCGUGGCCGCAAGUCCAUUCGUGAUUGCUCUCCAAAACGCCAAGAUCCCAGUCCUUCCAUCCCUGCUUAACGCGGUGAUUCUACUAGGGGUUUGUUCUAAUGCCGCAGAGGCGAUGUACGUCGCUUCGAGGAUUUUAACGGCUUUGUCAUCAAUGGGAAUGGUUUGGCCGAUAUUCGGGAGGAUUGAUACCCGCGGCCGACCAUACAUUUCUCUUCUUGUUACAGGGAUCUGUUCCACGUUGUUCACGUAUAUCAACUGCAGUGGAACUGGCGCGCAGAUCUUCACCUGGUUUAGUUCGAUUUCCUCGACGGUGUUUUUCCUCGCGUGGUUGACCAUCUCCAUCACGAAUAUCCAAAUGCGAAGGGCGGUGCGAGCACAAGGGGACACCGUCUUCGAGGAACGGUUUGCGUGGAGGUUAAGAGGAUGGCCUGUUCAUGCUAUUUGCUUGUUGGGAUUGUGUGGGGCUUGUUUGGGGAUGAUGGCGUAUGUGAGUGUGAGGCCGAUUGGAAAGGAGACCAGUGCGGAGGGCUUUUUUGAGGUUUUUCUGGGAGUUCCGGUUUUUGUGGUCUUGGGGGUGGGGUAUAAGUUGUGGAAGGGGACGGGGUGGUGGAUGUGA